ACGGUUGGACAACAAAUUACCAGCAGCUAGUUAGCUAUGUAGCUUUUUGUCAGUGCACAGUUACUCUGACUGGGACUUGUGACCCGUUAGCGUGAUUAGCUCAUAAAUACGGUCACCGUGUUGAAACUGUAUCUGUGGAAAUGGACAUUUUAAGAGAUGAUGAAGCGCAUGAGCUGAAAUACAAACCUGGUGGCCGUUUGGAUAUGAGCCACGGCUUCCUGCACCAUAUCCGGAGGAACCAGAUUGCUAGAGACGACUAUGAUAAAGAAGUGAAGCAAGCCAAAGAGCUUCAGCGGAGGAGGCACACCACAAUCCCUAGACGACCCCGUCGACCUGACAUCCAAGUGUACCAUCCUCGACGAAGGCAUGGUUCAGAGCCAGGGAACGGUGCUGAGGCUGAGGAGUGGAACGAGAGUGGGUCAAGUACAGAGACGGAGACCCAUGGAACUGAACUCUUCUGGCUUGACUAUCAGGCUGACUCUGGUGCCAUUACGUCCUUCCUCGUGCACAAGGAGGAUAAGCCUGAGAAGGUGGUGGAACGUGUCGCAGAGAAGAACACAUUGGAUUCGGCCAUGAGGGCAGCUCUAGAGGCCCGGAUUCAAAAGGAAAUGGACAAAAGACGAGACAAACGCUGAGUUACAAUCUCAAACAGUCGAUGAUGACAAUAGCUACAGGGAAAAACCUGUGGAGCAAUACUCCAUUUACAGUUCUGUGCUCCUGAUAAGCAUCAGGGCUGUCGACAUAACGAGAACUCCAGGAUCCUGUACAGUGACGGUCAGCAGACGGUCACCAUGUGAUAUCUCACAUUCAAGUGCAGUCUGCGCAGAGACAGCACUUGUAAUAGACAGAAUGGUUGUGGGUCUGUCAUGUUCAUGUUUACUACAUUUUACUCACAUUGGACUGUUACCUCAUACCCUGAUUCAUAUCUUUAGGGACACAUUAUACACAUUUAAGAUGACUGGACCUGUAAACUUAUGUUGCUUUCUAACAGUUAAAAUGUUUGUAAGUUGGCACUUUUUGACAGGGAGCACUGUUAAUCUUCUGCUAUUGAAUACGUCCUGUGUCUCUUGUGUUUACAAAGAUCUAGUUUUUAUAAACAAGAUUUAAACUUUUUGGGAAAAGUGCUGUGAACAGAAAACGGAUCUUUCAGUAAACGUUCGCAUAGAAAUGUGAGAAUUCAGUGUCAUAUUGAGUUGGACGGUUUAGUGUUUGUAGCCAUGAUAAUGUGCUUUGUGUUGUGUUUCAUCGCAUCCGGUAUUGUAAUUUAUUUUUGGUUGUAAAAAUAUUUUUAUUUUUGAUACUGUAAUAUUUUCUGAGGACACAAAUUCUUUACACAUAAAAUGGCAUAUACAUAAAAAAACAUUUAUUACUGUCCAAAUGUGUCUGGGUGUGUGCUUGUGGAAUGAACAGCCAUAUAAUGUGAAUGUUUUCUUCUUUUAUCAGUGUCUUGACAGGUUGUAUAACACUAAAAUCUGUGGGGGGAAAGUAACAGGUCAACCUGUUUACUGACUAUGAUCAGUUCUAUCUUGAAAUAUGGAGAGAUUGUAAUACAUAAAUUGGGAUACAUGAGAAUACUGAUGUAAGUGUUUUACAUCAUGUCCUCAGCAGAUGGCAGUAUGAAUCUGUGUUUCAACUAUGUGGCCCAUCUGUUCCUCUUUUCCACGUGCUACAACUUUUUUUUUUCCAGAAGUCAAAUUACAUUUUCCCCUUGAGUUUAUUGUAACAGUCAAUUGUCAUUUUAAAGAUAAAUAGCCAUACAAUAUCAUUUCCACACACAACAUA